GCUGUACAUGAGUAUGUUUUUCUGUAAAAUUGCUUUAGUUUUUCCUAAGAAAAUACUGCCAGAAUUUGCUCAACAGAAGCAGGAGACCAUACAUAGUAUUUACAAAGUCUCUGUGAAGUUUUUCUCCUUGUAACUUUUCUCCACCUGUAAAAGCCAAAUGUGCAAAGUCAGAACGAGCAAACGCACCUUCACAGGCCUGCUGCGGUUUAAAGUAGCUGCAGGGGAUGUGUGGUGGUCAAGAAAUUAAAUCAAGUUGGCCUUCAUCCAGAUCUGGACAGGUUAAUUGUCGUGUGUGUGAGAUGCUUGACCUCAAGAUUAUCAUCGCCCUUGGUGGCGGCUUACUGAUUGUCACAUUUGUGCUGAUGGCUGUUGUCAUCUGUCUUUACUACAAAGUAGCCAACGCAUUGAAAUGUUCAAAGGCAUAUUUGGCUCUGACCAUCAAUAAUAAUGAGGCCACAGUCACGAUGACCACAGACUCCACCAAUGGGUCCUAUCCCAGCAUCCGGUGUUGUGAAGAAUGUAACUUGAAUGCCAACUCGAACCCCCUGCCACCGUGAUUCUGUGACGUAACCAAAAGACCUGGACUUGGCACAAAAGUCUUCAUUCGCGGUAUUUCUUUCUUGGUAGAAUUCAUUAUUCAAGUCAGGUUCAAAUCAUGUUUGCAUCAUGUUAGGUACCACAUAUUUAUGUACUUUUGAAUAAACAUGCAAGAGAAAAAUAA